AUGAAGAUCAGCAGUCAUCUGUCAGAUUUGCCCGCGUUGUGCAAAUGGUUCGGUGCGUCCGCGAAGGCGAACUUCAGUCUGUACGCUUCCGCCACCAACAUGCUUAUGUUGGAGUCGGUCCAGUUUUGCGUGGGAACAUUUUGCAGCAGGAUCAUGAGGCCCUGGAAGUCGCGCUCUCGCAACAGUCUCUCGCGCCAGUGA